UGUGUAUUCGUGAACGACCUUUAUGUUAUGAACUUGUUCGCUCCUAAUCUAUCAAACAAAUUGAAUUUUCAAUCAAAAUUAAAUUGGCAAAAAAUCGAUUUGCUUUCUUUUAUUCAAUCAUCUGAUGAGAUGCAAGAAAGGCCAUGCCAGUUGACAAAUCAUAAGUUGUAUUCUCAGAAUUGUAUUUAAUGUUUGAUUUCUAAGUUUUUGGUCCAUUGUUUUUGUCUUAUUUUCGCUUUGUAACCUUUUGUCGCCUUAGUGUCAAUACUUUUGUUCAGUCUCAUUCAUUAGCACGUUCUUCAGUAUAAAAAAAAUAACGCUGUGUGUAAAAGAAACGUACGCCAAAAUUACAUACAUACAAAAUCAAGAGCUCAGUGUGCCUACCGCAAAUUCGAUACGUUUUGUGCACAACAAAAAGAGUUUGAUCGAAGAAUCAGACAUCCAAAUGGUUACACAUGGGUUUGGUUACACCAUUUUUCUUGAAAUUGUGCAGAAACGAAGAGAAGGCAUACACAGACACAAAAAAACACGUGAUUUUUCUUAUUGUUGUUACUUAAGGCGAAAAUUUGAAGAGAAAAAAAAUCAGUCGAGAUAUGAAAUGUGAACGAUCACUGUUUCGCUGCAUAUUGUGGCCCACAUGCAUAUUCCUGCACAAACAUACUCUGUACCAUAUACUGCAUGCAUUCAUUUCCUUUUGUUUAUAAAUCUCGAGUCAUUUACACUCUUUCGUAUGAUCACUUCGAACGGUUACAUCAAUGAAUGAACUGUCUCGGACAAACUAUGAGAAAUGUGUAACAUGCAACAUCUCUUUUACUUGUUCGCUUUUCCUCUCUAUCCUCUUUUUCUAUGCCUACGUGCAUUUGCACCCAUCGAAAAUGAACGAACCAGUUUGAAUUUUGCCGAAGUUGUAAAAUGGAAUUUUUUCCACAUGGAUAUCACAUUUUCCGUUCCUUCUCAGACUGAUGUCGAGUGUUUUGUAUACACACACAUGUGUAUACAUGUGUUUACAGUUGAAAUAUUCUGGUUAGCUUACUGCUGUUUUGGACAAACACACUUUAUGGCCAAAAGUAACGUGUGCGCACAUUUACAUAUAUAAUAUCCAAUAAUCCAACUUAAGAAGCAUUUCAAAAUUCCUGAUCAUCGAACAUUCAACCUAUCGAAAUAGAAAACUAGUUACAAAAUGUGACGACUGGUGGGGAAAAAAAAGAAAUUGUUAUAUUCUGGUGAUUCUUCUAUUGUGUCACAGUUGAUUGAAAACUAUUCAUAUAUAUCAGUGAAUGUAUAUCAGUGAAUUUUACGUUCAGCGUUACUAUGAAAAUAAUUCAAAUAUUUUUCGUAACAUUUUUAUUUUUAAUUCCGAAAUUAUCGGCUGAAGUGAAUCAUUAUGAUUUCCUUUACAAAACAAUUUAUUCAUCAUUGAUAGUGACUCACAAGAUUGAAAAUUUUAAUGAUAUGGAAUUUUGUCCAACAGUUCUGAAACCAACCACAGACACAUUGCAAAAAUCUAUUGAAGCAAUAAUAAGAAAUCCAGAGCAAAAUACCAAUUCAACCGAAAAUGGGAACAUAGAUUCAUGCUGUCGAACUCUUUAUUUAUGUGGUGUACAAAAGAAAACCAGUUUGAAUGAUACCAAAAAAUCAAAUAUUCGCCACUGUGAAUGUGAAAAUGGCUUUCUUCGAUGUUUAGAAAAACUGAACGAUGAAGCAACACGUGAAUUUGCAUUACCCUAUUCAUUCGAGCAGUCAACGUGUGUUAAGGAAAGUUAUCCAAUUGUAAAAUGUGUGAAAUUUCAUAAAUUCUUUGAACCGAGAGCAAUUUUUUAUCGACCACCAAAUGCAAUCGAACAAGAAAGCCAUUACAUUCGAUGUUUGGAAUAUGAAUUUGAUGAAAGCAAACCGAAAAUUUAUCAAAAAUUUGAUUUACCAUACAUUUUUAAAAUUGGCAAAUAUGAACAUUUCGAAGAGGCCGAAAGAUUAUUUACAAAAUUUUCUACUGCACAAUCUGACAUUGCUGAAUGUAUCAAACAUUCCACGGAUCGUUGCAUAAAAAGAACUUGAUGUGGCUUUUGAAAAAAUUUUUGAAACUCUGUAUCCAUUCAUGUGAAUACAGAGAUUGCAAACAAAAAGAUGUUAACCUGUUAAAGUUAUAAGUGCAUAUUUUUUUAAAUAAUUAGGAAUUCAGCAUUGAAUGUGGAACUCAACAUUAAAACAUUCUCUUUAUUAUUUUAUUUGUUAUACAAGAUAUACAAUUGAUGAAGAAAUAUUCGAAUACUUAAAUUUGUAUCGUUAUUAUAAUUAAAUCUUUUGUUUGAUUGAAAAAUAUUAAAAUUUUAUGGUGACGCUGAAAACAUACAAAAAAAUAUCAAAAUGAAUGAAAAGAUAAAAUAUUUUUAAAAACGUACCUUCUUAAAUCACGCGAAUCCAUUCCUUUUUCCAUAUUCAGAAGCGCAUUCCCCCACCGCUCCAAAGCCGAAGCUAUUUCUGAAACAAGUAGCGACGUUAUCUUGACUUGGCGUGCUAUUUCGAUCAUACGUCUUAUUGUAAAGUUUUUCUCAUCCGUUUGAUAAUGACUUAAUACCGUCCUCAUGGAAUCUGCGACAUCCUUUGUUACGUAGUUCCUACCCAUUUCAUCUAAAAAAAAGAUAAAGAAUAUUACUUGACAAGAUUUCUUGAUAAAGAUUAAAUCAAAAUAGAUUUUUAAAAAUACCAUCUACUGGCAGUCGAACGGUCAUUUGCAUAUCUUUAAGUUUGCCAUUAACGUCUUUUACAGGGGUUUCAGGCGUUACAAUGUGGAUUUGUUCAUUUUGAUUAGGUGUCGUCUGUGAUACCACAAUAAUUGGUAAAAAUGUGACAAGUAUUAUCAUGAACAUUUUGAUAUAGAACUAGCUUUUCUAAAAGAAUACAAUUACUUAAAUACUAAAAGAGUACGUGUCCAAAGAAUGAAAUACACAACUGUAUCACAAAAAAAAUGAACGUGCUAUUUACAUUGCAUAAAAAAGAAUAAACGAAAUUAUUGACAUUGCACAAAUCAAAACAUGAAAAACACUUAUGUUUAUGAAUGUGGCGAAUUUCGACAUUACGACGUGUCCAUAACAUAUGCAAAAAAAGUCAUUUGAUCAAUGUUAUCUCGAAAUAAUUGUGGAGCUUAUCUUUUAGUCACUUUGAUAUUGGUUUUUAUUCUCGAUUCUUUUUUUAUUCUUUUCUAGUUUUGUUGCUAUUUUAUCACAGACGAUAAAACAUGAAAGUUUUCCCAUAACUAUUAAAAUGAAUGUCUAUAAUUUAGUUCAAUGUGGAGUCUCCUUUUCCAUGUUUGAAAGAUUUAUAUCGACAUUAUGCAGCACAUCUAAUUCAAUGGGUUCAUUGAUUUCAAUAAAUUGGCUGCGUUUAAUACAAAAUUGAUUACCAUACAGUUUCCAGUUUACAUAUGAGUAUCUCUGAGCGGUGCAAUGUGAGUGUGUAAAUGUGUUACGGCUGGAACAAAAAUGUGCUAGCGGUGGCAAAAGUGUACUUACGCGUUCGUGCUCGACAGAACGGAUAGCAAACUUUCAAUCAUUCUGAAGAAAACUCAAUAAUAUUUUUUAAAAAUAUUCAACCUAAUGACGCCUAAUGAAGUAAAUUUGAAAAAUUAAAAUUCCAAUGCUUGCUAUAUUGUUUCUUUUUUGCAUUAUAGAUCAUUUUGCAUUAAGGAGGCAUAGGGUCUGCAUUGGAUUUAACAGAGGUUUAAGAUAAUUUUGCUUUAAGGAGUCAGAUUUGGAGUCUACUUCUUUUCAUUGGAUUUCGUUGGUUUGUGACGACGAUUCUUCCUCCUUAAUGCAAAAUGAUCUUUAAUAUCGAAAAAAAAAAAAACAAUAUAGCAAGCAUUGGAAUACACUUGUACCACCGCUAGCACAUUUCAGUUCCAGCCGUAACACAUUUACACACUCACAUUGCACCGCUCAGAGAUACUCAUACAAACACAUGUAGUAAAAAGAAAUAUAUUUUUGACUGACCCCUUAAAGAACGCACCUUUUAAAUAAUAAGAAAUUUUUCCAAUCCAAUUCAAGAAAUUUACACUUGUUUUUUUCACUGUUAUUUUAUCAUAAUAAAUAAAUAUUUAUCACACUCACAAUAAUAAAUUAGAAUUUUAUCACUUUAUUUCACAAACUCAAACAUGGUUCAUAUCAAAGAACAUUAAUGUCGCAUUUCAUGAAAUGUCAAAACAUUACGAACAGUGUUACCAAAAGUAUGUGACGGGCACGCAAAUGUGGUGGCGCCACAAGUAAAAAAAUGGUACAAUGCACAGGUACGGAACUAUUGGGAGACUUGGGGUGAAUGGGCACGAAACGAAUAUCAUUUCUAGGGUAAUUUGGGAUGCUGAUUCCGAAUUUCGAGGUUUCGAGUGAAAAAAGUCAUGGGUGAAGGAGUUAUGACCCCCGACCCCCCUGGGGGGU